AUGCCCCGUCAGCUUUUAGCUACCCGCUAUGUUACCAUUCCCGAUGACGUCAAGCUAGUGCUUGACGGCCGAAAGGUCACUGUUACCGGUAAACGUGGCACACUUAAUCGUGACUUCCGUCACUUGACGCUUGACAUGCGUCGUAUCAACAAGGAGCAACUUCGUGUGGAUCUGUGGUUUGGUAACCGUAAGCAGCUAGCUUGUGUGCGGACUGUCUGCUCCCUGAUUGAGAAUAUGAUUACGGGUGUGCGUGUUGGAUAUCUGUACAAGAUGCGCUUUGUGUACGCCCACUUUCCCAUUAACGUAACUUUUGAAAACAAUGUGGUGGAAAUUCGUAACUUUUUGGGUGAAAAGCGAGUACGUCGCGUGACUCUGUCGGAGGGUGUCCAGUACGUGCGCACAAGCGAUGUUAAAGACCAGAUUGAGCUGAGUGGCAUUGACCUCCAGAAGGUCUCGCAGGAUGCUGCUAACAUCACGCAGGCCUGUCUUGUUCGCCGUAAAGAUAUUCGUAAGUUCUUGGAUGGUAUUUACGUGUCGGAAAAGACGAACAUUGAGAUCGAAGAGGAAUAA